AUGCUCAAUGGUUGUAAAGGACCCUUGAAGUUAAAAUACAUGCAGGCACAGGAAGAAGUGACUGAAACAGUGUACAGAUUAAUAAAAGUGUGUGAUUAUUGCACCUGCAGUGAAAUACCAGAUGUGGAUGGUACACAUUUAGUGUUAAAUAUUCAGUGUUCAGAAUUGGAUAGGAUAGAAAAUCUAGCUGAUUUAGACAAAAUUCAAUGGCCAGAUAAUCCAAAUGGAUUAAAAAUCGCUGCAGCAUUCGAAGGGUUGGGACUUUCCACGCUAGGCAAGCUACCACCUAAUUCUCAAGUAGAAACACUUCAGUUUACCAACAAUGGCAUCAAAACCUAUUGGCCAGACCCUUUUCGCGAUGUACCCAAUUUGAAAAAGUUAUCUUUCAGUCAAAAUGAACUACCGGAAAUAACUCCUGACCUGUUCACGAAUGUUGGAGGACUAGAGGAUUUAGAUCUGUCCUAUAACAAAAUAAUACAAUUGAACGUUUUAGAUUUUAAAAAUUUACAUCAUAUCAGAAGACUGAAUUUACAAAGUAAUCUACUCAAAAAGAUACCAGUAGACGCUUUGCAACCCAUGACCAUGCUUGAAGAUCUAGAUCUUAGCAAGAAUGGAAUAUUUGAUAUACUAUUAAGACGAAUAGAAAGUGAAGCAUUUAAAGGUAUAAAAAGGUUGAAUUUGAACAGUAACAGAAUCCGGACGGUGGGAAAGGAAUCAUUUCCUGAAGACAAUAAUAUAGAGCUCCUGGAUUUAUCUAACAACAUAAUAGAGGUGAUCGAAGAGGAGUCCUUGUUGGCGUGCACGCAUUUAAGAGAAUUGAAUCUUGCGCAAAACAACAUAACGUUCACUUUUGCGCUUCCUUCAACUUUGCAGAUCGCUAUAUUGAAGAUAAAUACCUUGUACCACUGGCCGAAGUUUCCAAGUGGCAUCACGUAUAUUGAUUUAUCGUAUAAUCGAUUAUCCACAUUAUAUGAUGAGGGCAAUGUGGAUUUUGAAAACUUGGAGGUUCUCAAUAUUGGAGGCAAUCAGAUAAAAGAUUUCCAAAUAGAGCGAAAAUUACCUAAAUUAUUUAGUUUGGAUAUAUCAUAUAAUUUUAUUUCUGAUGUGCCCAAGUGUUUAAGCAGCCUGAUCUUUCCUAAUUUAGAGGAGUUGAGAUUAGAUGGCAACCCACUGGAGAGUAUUUAUUUUAAAAAUAUAAUAGCUCUAAAGAGUUUAUAUAUGAAUGAUUUGAACAGACUCUCUGUGGUCGAAGAUAAGGCUUUUAGUAAUGUUAUUGGGCGAAAUGUUGAUCAAGCUCUGGAAGAAAAUAAUUGUUUCUCUCUUUAUCUAUCGAAUUGUCCUUCGCUGACGAAGAUACAAGAAGGUGCAUUUGAUGCUACCUCUUUGUGCGUGCUAGACAUAAGCAAGAACAAUUUAUCAACAUUAUCGAAAACAUUACUCGACUGGUCGUCGAUGUCUGAGGGGGCCAACUUACAGUUCAAUCCCUGGCAUUGCUCGUGCGACCUACAAUGGGUGUUGGAUGACUUGUUGCCGCAAAUGUACCGAUCGAACUCACGACUGCUCGCUGAACUCAGAUGUGCAUCGCCACGCGCGUAUUCGGGUCUGAGAUUAGUGCACUGGUACAACUGGACGGAGCAGGCGAUGUGCAAUGACCAGUACACGAGAGGUGGCCCACACGGCACGUAUGUGAUCGAAGGAUCAAGAGAACCCGGGUCCAACGUCUCAUCACUAACACUAAUUUUAGGAGGUUGCAUUAUAAUAUCGUUGCUUAUCGCAAUCGCGCUGACUGUAUACCUCGUGAAGAGCCGACGGAGACAUAGGAUUAAACAAAAUGCACUCAAACGUAAACGGCAAAACGCGUCGGACGCAUACAUUUCUAACGGAUCCCAAAAGGAACAAUUUUCUGCUCUCAAUAGAGCG